AUGGCGACUGCAACAGCAACGAUGGAUGAUCUGGUAGCUUCAUUGGGAGGUUCAAUGCAUGUAUCUCCAGAUCUCAAGGCACUUCAGGAAUACUUGGCACAAAACAUAGUUCGACCAUCAUCUUCUAUACCUCUAUCAUCUCCUGGUAUAUCAUUCCGCCCCAUCCCACCAUCUCGAUCAACCUCAUCAACUCGUAAACCCACAUCUCUACCUUCUUCGUACUCAUAUCCUGACUCCAACAUGGAUAUGAUACCACAGGCAUACCCUUCACCGAUCUCACAGCAUAACUCAUUCUUUGGCUCAUCCCUUUACCAGGACGAUACAACGAUGAACGUCUCUACACCUAACUUGCAAAGGCCCGGUGGACCCCUACGUCGUUCAUCUUCAUAUGGUUUUGGUCAAGCACCACCAUCCCCUCAAACUGCUUAUUCUAAUUUCGAGGCAGAUGCAUUCGCUCCGUUGUGGCAACAGCAGCAACAACAGAUACAAGUACAAGUACAAGAUCCAUGGGCUAAGAUCAGAUCAGCACAAGGAUCGAAUGUAAAUGCUUUCUCUCAAUACCAUCAACAUCAACACGCUGGUCCCUCGCAACAGCCGACUUCCGGCUUCGGGUCAUUCAGACCACCCCAAGGAUUCGGCUUGGUCCACCAGCACCAGAAUCAUCCGAUGGGUAUGAGUGAGACUCCACCUACACCACCAGCAGAGGACGACGAAGAGAUGAUGGAUGAAGAUUCGAUAGAUGCGGAGAUGGAUGAUUACGAUGAUGAGGAAGAUACAGUUGAGAGAGUCAUGGGUAUAACGUCGACAUCAGUGGUGAUGCAGGGUCAGGGACGAGGGGACGGUGAUAGUUGGGCGAGAGGGAGGAGGAAGUAUCAGAUUUGA